CUACCUGAGUACUCGGUGUCUCAUUCCAACACGGUCAAGCCUGCCGGCAGAGUUCCUGUUCUACAGCUUCACUUUAAUCAUUUAAUUUGGAAACUUGAAACGGAAUUUACAUUUGUAUCAAACGUCGUUAUAUUUAUUUAAAGUAAACUCAAUCGUCUAGCUCACUUCACAGAAAUAAUCCCCCAUUACUCUCUUUAGUUAUGAGUCAUGUGGUCGUUGAUAAUCCACACGGUCUAGAGCAGCAGCUUUCUGCCCUAGACUUAAACUCUGCUGACGGACAAGGCGGAGGAACCGGCAGGCGUUACAUUCCACCUCACUUGAGGAACAGAGAUGCACCUAAAAACGCAGGAAAUGCUUAUUCCGCUGGUAGACAGUACGGUUAUUCAGUGGCCCCGGUAAAUCUCUAUGCUCCUGGCUGGGACGGUGGACGAAGCAAUGGAUUUGUGAAUGGUUACCACGACAAUCGCACAAAUGGGGGCGUUGGCGGGCGGGGACCCCCUCGCAAUGAUAGAGGUGGGCUUGGCGCCUACCGUGGUAACAGGGGUGGAGGCCCGUUUUAUCAACCGUUGCAAAAUGCAGGGUUUGGCGGUGAAGGCGGCGGCGGCGGCGGAGGCGGCAACUGGGCAGGAGCCCCAAGGGAUGCUGCCUACAACAGCUUUGGUGGGCGUAACGAUAGGUCAAAGUCUACCUUCUUCAAUGACCGUGGCUCCAGCUCAAGGGGAAGAUAUGAGCGUGGGGGCUUCUCUGGUGGAGGAAACAACCGGUGGGGAGACGAAUCCAGAGAUGAGGAUUGGUCCAAGCCCACUGCUCCCAACGAUCGCCAGGAACAAGAGCUGUUUGCUGCAAGCAACACUGGGAUAAACUUUGAGAAAUAUGAUGAUAUUCCAGUGGAGGCCACUGGAAGCAACUGCCCACCCCACAUUGACAGCUUCCACGAUGUGGACAUGGGGGAGAUCAUCAUGGGCAACAUCAACCUGACUCGCUACACGUGUCCCACCCCGGUUCAGAAGCACGCCAUCCCCAUCAUCAAGUCCAAGAGAGAUCUCAUGGCUUGUGCCCAGACUGGCUCCGGAAAGACGGCUGCUUUCCUUCUGCCCGUGCUGAGUCAAAUUUACAGCGACGGGCCAGGAGAAGCUGCGCAGGCCGCCAAGAACAAUGGACAGGACAGUGGAAGGUAUGGCCGCCGCAAGCAGUACCCGCUCUCCCUGGUUCUGGCUCCCACCAGAGAGCUGGCCCUCCAGAUCUACGACGAAGCGAGAAAGUUUGCCUAUCGCUCCCGCCUGCGUCCCUGCGUGGUGUACGGCGGUGCAGACAUUGGCCAGCAGAUCAGGGAGCUGGAAAGAGGCUGUCACCUGCUGGUGGCCACACCUGGACGCCUGGUUGAUAUGAUGGAGAGGGGCAAGAUCGGUCUGGACUAUUGCAACUACUUGAUCCUGGAUGAGGCUGACCGCAUGUUGGACAUGGGUUUUGAGCCACAGAUCAGACGCAUUGUGGAGCAGGAUACGAUGCCCCCUAAAGGCGUCCGCCAGACCAUGAUGUUCAGUGCCACCUUCCCCAAGGAGAUCCAGAUCCUCGCUCGUGACUUCCUGGAGGACUACAUCUUCCUGGCGGUGGGCCGUGUUGGUUCUACUUCAGAAAACAUCACCCAAAAGGUGGUGUGGGUCGAAGAUGGAGACAAGAGGUCCUUCCUCCUUGAUCUGCUCAAUGCCACAGUUAUUCCCAGUGAUGUUCAGGAAAAUGUGACAGAGGCACCAGAGAAACCCGGCAAAGAAUCGCUUACCUUGGUGUUUGUGGAAACCAAGAAAGGCGCAGAUGCCCUGGAAGACUUCCUCUACCACGAGGGCUACGCCUGCACCAGCAUCCACGGAGAUCGAUCCCAGAGAGACCGAGAGGAAGCUCUGCAUCAGUUCCGGUCUGGACGCUGCCCCAUCUUGGUGGCCACAGCUGUGGCUGCCAGAGGGCUGGACAUCAGCAAUGUGAAGCACGUCAUCAACUUUGACUUGCCCAGUGACAUUGAGGAAUACGUUCACCGUAUUGGCCGUACGGGACGUGUGGGCAACCUGGGUCUGGCCACGUCGUUCUUUAACGACAAAAACAGCAACAUAACCAAAGAUCUGCUGGACAUUUUGGUGGAGGCCAAGCAGGAGGUUCCCUCCUGGCUUGAGAGCCUGGCCUAUGAGCACCAGCACAAGAGCACGACCCGCGGACGCUCCGGGAAGAGGUUCUCCGGUGGUUUCGGGGCGAGAGAUUACCGCCAGACGCCCGGCGGCGGCCCUGGGAACUUCACCAGCAGCCGCGGCAGCGGGCGCAGCGCUGGGGGCCACGGGGGGAGCCGGGGCUUCGGCGGCGGUAGCGGCGGCGGAGGAGGAGGAGGAGGUGGCUUUGGCGGCAACUUCUACAGCAAUGACGGCUACGGAGGAAAUUACAGCCACUCUGGUAGUGUGGAUUGGUGGGGCAACUAGUCGCCAUAGGAGCCGGUUGCCAUGCCAACCCAAGGGAAACCACAUGUUAACUUAAGCCAGACCAUAACAACCCUCCCUGUGUAGUUCAAUGACACACAGUACAUUACCAACCCUGGUUCUCUGCCAUUCGCUUCUCUCAAAAAGGAAGUGCAGCACCACGCAAAGGAAAAGUCACCAGCACGUGCAACGCACCGGAGAACGCAGAGAUACGCACACCUCAGAGCGAGCAUGGAUGCUGACAUGCAUUGUCCGAUAGCAACUUCGGGCUUUCAUUGUUAAAAGUAUUUUCUGUUCUUUUUGUGGAAAAACCCCCCGAUACAAUCGAAAUAACCUGAGGAUCAUUUGUAUGUUAAUGUACUGUGCCUUUGGAAUUUAGACAGGAAAUCUAUGUUUUCAUUUCACCAGAUGAACAUGGCCAAGAGCUCUAAAUUUGAUUUUACUAUUUUGUUUGGUGAAAAAUCUUAAAGGUAAAAUAUGCUUGGACUUAAUCAAACCUUGGCAAACACUGGGGUAUUGUGGCGCUGAGUCAUGAUUCCAUUUGAACUUCAAAUUUAUCGCAGGAACAUCAUGUAGCCUUUUCUAUAGACAAACAGCUAAUGGAGCCAUUACGAUGUCCAACACCAACUGGGCCACUCCGUGAGGCAACCGUAUUUUAAUCCUAAGGGACGAAGUUACAUUUGUUUUUUUCGCUCACUCUAUCCUGGACGGGCUCCUUUUUAUGGAUAUGAUAGACUUUGAAAUAGCCAUUCCUAUUGUAAUCUUAAGAAAACACACAAGUCAUUAAGCUCGGUGCCAACGAUCGCUGAGGUUCAAACAAGAAUAAUCACUGCUAGAACUCGUUACUCCACUUUUAAAUUGACUCGACAGUGUUUACGGCAGCUGGUACGUUAGCAAGUGCCGGCGCCGUUAAGCGGGCGGUGUUUUUUGUUUUCUUUUUACGCGAGACAUUUUUCGUGCAGGUGUGUGCAGAAUCGAAAAACUGAGUCAGUUUUUUGAUUUUUUUGUUUUUGUUUCGUUUUCUUUUUGGGGGGGAAAUAGUUUCUCUACAAAUGUGUAUCAAAACAAAAAAUGCCUGCCAUCUUGAAAGUGAAGUUCAAAAUGGCUGCAGAAAAGGACCACAGCAAUCGGGAGGGCACAGCGUGGUGUUAGUGUUUUUACCGAGUCGGCCCGGCCCACCACGAGGCCCGGAUGGUAUUCCACGCUUUGCAAGUGUUUUGUUUUUUGGUCAAGGAGGAAAGACGCGAACUGAGUCGCAGGCUUAACUUAAUUACAGGCGUUUUCUCUUUUUCAAGCUGCGUUGGAGGCAUUGUUCAUCUUAAGAGAGACGGGCACGCGAGUUUAGAGCAGCACUUCCACCGGGGGGGAGGGGGGGGUGGUGAUCAGGGCAGCCGGGGGUAGACGAGUCUUUUCAGUGCACCGUACCAUUGUGACUGUGGAUUGGGGGCAGGGGGUGGGGGGGGGGUUAGGGCGGAGGCCCGCCUCCUUUAUGGAACAUUUAAGUACUGUCAGGUUUUCUGAGAGUUUCUGCUCAGGCGUAUAAAUAAAUAAAUAAAUCUGUGGCUUUCGCGAAGCCAGAGCGGGCUUCUCCUCUCAGAGGAGCAGCCAUCGGGGGGAGGAGAGAGGGGGCGUUUCACCUCAAAAUGCUCCCAGUUUUCUCAUCGGGUGUGUUGUGCCUUGAAACCUUUUUUUUUUCUUCCCGUUUUUGUUCUUUUUUUAAAGAAACAGAGAUUUAAGCGGAUGCACUGACAGUGUUGAGAACUUGAGAUUGAAUGGUGCUACUUGAUUUAAGUGUGUAGGCCCUUGUUCGUCGUGCCCAUCGAGUUUUACUAAAGUUCUUUUAUUGCACAUCUAGAGUUUUAUAUAGAUGUCUUGGAUACGUGUCCUUAAGCUUCCAAAUAUUGUGUGUGAGGAGAUUGUGAGAAACGCAGCUUGUUUACAAAGGUUCUAAACGUUUAAACCAGGAUUUAUUUGGGACCAGGGGAUUUAGCAGUCGGGGGGGAAUUUAGCCAUUUGCACAGAUUUCUAGAUUCUACUUUUGCUGCUAGUUUUGUGUAAUUUAUUAAGCAUUUUUGACAAAUAUUUAUUUUUGUAAGCCUCAAAGUGAUUCUUUGAAAGUUUCAGUAACUUGACCAAAAGACAGUACAAAAAACACUGGCACUUGAAUGUUGAAUGUCACCUGUUUGCGUGAAAUUUAUAUAUUUCGGGGUAGUGUGAGCUUUUUAAUGUUUAAGAUACAUUGGACUCAGUAAAUAAUAUCCACAGCUGUUUCAGGGCCUCCUCGUGGCCCAGCAUCUCUAUUAGAUUCUAUUAAUUGGUCAACAAAAUUUGAAAUGGAAUUGAACAAACAUGCCAAGGUUUGGAAUAAAGCUGUCAGAGCAAAAACAAAACAAAAUAGCUUAAAGCAUAUCAGUGCUGAAGUGUUCAGAUUCUCCAAUUGUGUGCGUUAUUGAUUCUUUACUCUAAUUUGACCUGAUUUAUUUUUCUCCAGUGAAUGUCUGGCACAUGGCAAUCCUUAAAGAAACAAACAUGUGGUUUAUUCUCAUUGUUGUAUUUGCAUAUAUGGACCCUCCGGCGCCCCCUCUGGAGGCGGGACGCGUCUGCAGUGGGCUGAGUUCUGUGCAGGUUGUUGCAGGCAGAACCCGAGACGCGUCCCACCUUCUCCAAAGGGAACCCGGGGCUCUUUAGACGUAGACUUUGCUUUCUGUAUUAGCUUCCAGGCUCCUGCACCGCAUGGGAAACACUCGGCUGUGCAAAUGUAUGAUUUUACCAAAAUAAAAAGUUUGAAUGCAAAAGGAAAAAGUAUCUGGAUGAGUCCAGCGUGUUUGAAGACUUGUUUACUGUGGCGCAGAGGAGACUUGUAGCAGCGGCCUGGUGCCUCGUGUGGAUUCCUGGUGGACGGGUGGCAAACGUUUGGUGUCCAUGGGAUGGGCUUCAUUUCUUUUGAAAACAAUAUAAAGAUUUCAUUUGUAAAUUGA